AACUUUCGAUUUUCUUCAGGGUGACUACCACAUGUUGUUGGCGAGACUACACCAGGGAGCGCUUCGGUUCGCCACCCGAGCGAAUGUCAUUAUCGAAACAACAACAUCACGGUGAGUUGCUUCCCGGCAAAGAUCUCGAGAAUUUCGCAAGAAAGAUGAUCAAGCUCACGUCCAGUGUCAAUUUCGCGGGCAAUACGCUCAUCAUUCCAAGUGUUUGCGUUGGAAAUGUCGCCCAACUCUCAGUGGAUUUGAUCGUGGAGACGCUGAAGAUGCAGAAGGUGGGACUCUGUUGGCAUCCGGCUAUGAUACCGAUCAUAGGACCACCGGCGUAUUGGCGAGAUCAGAAGGACAACACCACAACAGCCUGCGAACUCUUCACCGUGGACACAGCGGAAGCGAAUAAAAGGAUUUCCGUAAUGCAGAUCCGAUCGCCUUUGGUCGCAUCCCAAAUGCACGAUUUCUUCGAUAAUUUGAUGGAAUUCAUUGAGAAACAGGAAUUCAAGGAGGUCAUUGUCCUCAGCAGCUGCUAUGCUCACGAGAAACACGUGGUCGACGAGAGUCCCUUUGAGUACAGUGCUUCAGAGGGCUUCAAGAGCGACCACCAAGCGAAGCUGGACGCUCUGAAUUGGAGAAAGCACUCAGCAGAAGGCUUCCCACGUAUGCUAGGCGGUGGAUUUGCAUCGCAGCUCUUCAUGGUGUUGCAGACGAAGAAAAUCCCAGCCAUGACAUUGUUCAAGUACGUCUCUGAAGGAGACAACUCACCGGAUGCCCGGGAAAUGACCACCAAACUUAAUGAUUUCUUGGAAGUGCUGCCUAUGAAAGAGGACGGAACCCCUCGGCUCACAGUCCCACCGUCCUGGAAACUGCUUUUUGGAGAUGCAGCUCCUCAGAGCAUGUUCUAGAGGAGCCUCAGCUUUUGGAAAUAAACUCUCUUUGUCUAUAAAA